AUGCCCAAUGACGAACUGUGUUCAGUGCGGUCCUGGGACAUGCUCGAGGCCAACAGCCACUCGCCCGCCCUCUCAUAUGCGUCUGAUAUGCAUGUUGCAGGGAAGACUUUACACUGCAUCAAUGGUAUGGACGCUGCACGACUUGCAAUACCUGCUAGCAGCGGGAGUUCUGGCCGUCUCAGCCCUCGUCUGACACAUUCAUCAAUACGGAUGGCCCACGCUUCGAACGGCGAAUUUCCGUUGUUGUUCAAUGAUGGUCAUGACUUACAAGAAAGCUCUACACCGAGGUCUGCUCCUGCCGACGAUGAUUGGUGUGCCCUGCUGGCCCAGGUUCAACAAGUAAUCCAAGCAGAGAAAGCCCUUUUCAUUUCUGGACUGCUUAUAAAGGACGUCCUAUGGAUGCAUGAACAUGCACAUCGGCGACUAAAGCUUGUCGAAGAAAUCCAGAAGCUUCAGCAGGCAGUCAAGAAUAUACGUCCCAGUGGAUGGUACCCCGGCACGGAUCUAUCUGGAUUUGGCGAUGCUUCUAGUGAUGGCUUUAGCCUGCUGUCCGAGCCUGGAAUCGGAGAGGCAAUACGACAUCCUAGAACAUUUAUCGAAAGCGCCAGCAAUGGAUCCUGCAUUGGAUUUAGGGAGGGGGUUCAUGCGUCGACUAGCCCAGAAUGGGAUGACUGGUGCGAACUCCAGGAACGCUAUGGCAUAAAUGAACUCGAAGGUUCUGCAUGCGAUCGCAUACACGCGAAGAGAUCAGACCUAACUAUUUCCCAUGCCCUAGACAACAUCUUGGGAGUGGACUUAGGGGGAGUCACGGGUGAUCUCAGAACAGAUUCGACGGUUGCAACGACACCAGACGCACAAUCUAAUCCAGAAUUUUCUUCGCAACAAACCGAAACCGGAGGAGGCGUAAUGGGACAGCUCGUGUGGGAUCAAGGCGCGAUGGCUGUUACUACUAGCCAGUCUGAUAGCGGUCCUUCGACGGUCGAUGACACAAGUCGAGCGCGAAGCCCACAGCCAGGAGCGCAACUGAAGGACCGCUGGGUGCGCAGCACGAUUAGGCCACUCGGUCCCAGGAGGAAGGGUCAGCGAAGCCGCGCAGCAACCUUCCCGAACAACAGCGUAUUUCACGGCAAGCCUCCUCCCCAGGAGCUUUCCGUCACCGUCUGCCCCACGCCCACGGUUUCAAAGAACGAGCCCAGGCGGAGCCCACCACUCACACGGUUGUCGAGGACACUACGCUCCGCAGAAGACCGGAUAAUCGCGUCUUUCGGUAAGGAUCUCGAAACACAGCGCAUACUGCUUGACGCAGACCGCAAGAAAGUGGAGGACGAGCGCAAAGAGCUGGAGGAUGCCCGGAUGCGGCUCAGCGUUGAACGUUUCCGACUCAACUGCGAGCGGAUAGAGUUCGACCGCAUGCGAAAGGCCGAGAUGAUGCCGCCUCCUGCUCUGAGUGCAAUUGCAAGCGAUCCAACGAAGCGCUUUGGUGGCCUUCGCUUUCGCCAGCCGCUGGACCCGCGAGUGGAGACUCUGUGCACAGCAAUGGACGAAAUGGACUACGCAAUACCGCCACUCAGCCAAUGGAUUAGGCCUGAGUGUGGCUCCCAAUGGAAGGAUGAUUCCCAUGGAUGGACAGCCAACCCGGAGGCUGAAUCUUGA